AUGGUGUUCCGGGCGGCGCCGCCCACGCCCCCGAGCCCGGCGCAGGCGGCGCAAAAGGAGGCGGCGGCCGACGAGGGCGGCGGCGGGGGCGGCAGCUUCCUGUCCUCCACGUGGCGCCUCGUCACCAACCCCGGGUUCGCGCUGCUGCUCGUCGCCUACGGUAUCAACGUCGGCGACUUCUACGCCAUCUCCACGCUGCUCAACCAGGUCGUCCUGCAGUACUUCCCGGGUCGUGAGGUGGACGUGGGCCGGCUCGGUCUGGUGAUGGUGCUGGCCGGAAUGGUGGGCAGCGUCUGCUGCGGCGUCGUACUCGACAAGACGCACAAGUACAAAGAGGUGACGCUGGCCAUCUACUUCAUGUCUCUGGUGGGCCUCGUCAUCUACACCUUCACCCUCAACUGCGGCUACAUCGAAGUCGUCUACUUCACCAUCAUCUUCCUCGGGUUCUUCAUGACGGGCUACCUACCCGUCGGCUUCGAACUAGCAGCAGAGCUGACGUACCCCGAGCCCGAGGGCACCUCCGCCGGCAUGCUCAAUGCGUCGGUGCAAGUAUUUGGCAUCGCCUUCACGCUCUUCUACGCGUGGCUGUUCGAGCUUGCAGGUGACAUGUGGGCCAACGGUGCGCUUUGCAUCACGCUGGUGGUCGGCACUGUCAUCACCGCAGUCAUCCGCGCCGACCUGCGCCGCCAGAGUGCACAGCGACAGCACCUGCAGCCAGUGCCAUUGCCUGCCUGAUAGGUGCACCACAGUUGGCAGCCCUGCACCAGCAACCUGGGCUCUGCCUGCAGCACACAGGGGAUUCCCUGACUUGGUAAUGAAGUACUGUGCUCUACCCAGUGAUAUAUAACUAGACUGGAUGUCUAACUGCAGCUGUCUGAACAUUCCGAACAAG